AUGCCUCAGAAUGAGUACAUGGAGAGGUGGCGUAAGCUGCAUGGCCGCCGACUGGAUCACGAGGAGCGAACGCGCAAGAAGGCCGCCCGUGAGGGCCACAAGGCGUCGCAGGAUGCGCAGAAUCUGAGGGGUCUGCGUGCCAAGCUGCACCAGCAGAAGCGUCACAAGGAGAAGAUCCAGAUGAAGAAGGCCAUCAAGGCUCACGAGGAGCGCAACAUCAAGACGGCCGACGAGAAGGAGCCUGAUUCGGCCAUGCCGGCCUACCUGCUGGAUCGCUCGAACCCGUCGACGGCCAAGGCGCUCAGCAGCGCCAUCAAGAACAAGCGUGCCGAGAAGGCGGCCAAGUUCGACGUGCCGCUGCCCAAGGUGCGCGGUAUCAGCGAGGAGGAGAUGUUCAAGGUCGUCAAGACGGGAAAGAAGAUUCAGCAGAGGGCUUGGAAGCGAAUGGUCACCCAGCCCACCUUUGUCGGUCCUGACUUCACCCGCCGCAACCCAAAGUUCGAGCGCUUCAUCCGCCCGAUGGGUCUCCGAUACAAGAAGGCAAACGUCACCCACCCCGAGCUCGGCGUCACCGUCCAGCUGCCCAUCAUCAGCGUCAAGAAGAACCCCCAGAACCCCAUGUACACCCAGCUCGGUGUCCUGACAAAGGGUACCGUCAUCGAGGUCAACGUCUCGGAGCUUGGGCUCGUCACCGCCUCCGGAAAGGCCGUCUGGGGCAAGUACGCCCAGAUUACCAACUCGCCCGAUCAGGAUGGCUGCAUCAACAGUGUCCUCCUUGUCUAA